AAAAUGAGGCUUGCCAUGGUGUUUUGAGACCUUUUUUAUACUUUUUACGAAAUUGCAUCCUUCGCGCCUACCGGAUGGCAUCAUCAAGUCGUGACUCAAUAUCCGAGGCAACGUAUCUUCGGGACGGAAUGAAGCGGCUAUCUUGCUAACACAAUAUUAUCAUUCGACGCUUACUUUUCGUAAGGGUGUAGGAGAGUGCCAGUCGAAGCUCCAGAAAGGCAAGAGAGUGUUCCGUUGCCAUAUCCUGAGCUGCAAGAACCCUAUUACGACGUCCUCAAAAGGGAGAACACUCACUCAUCAUGGGCCACGCAAACGGGAGUGGCGGGCGUAAUGGUGGAGCGCACAUUGACAAACGGGAUUUCGACGCUAACCGCCGUUUGCUCGGCGGUGAGGACGUGGAAAACGGAAGGGCCGCUGGCCAACUGGGCCGAUGUUCCAACGAAUCGGAUGGCUUGUUCUGUGACGUUGUGACCGAGAUUGUAAGAAGGGAUCGUGAGUUGAUGAGGAGGGAGUUAGUGAGAAUGGGAAGCUUCGUCUGGGGCGUCUUAACAGCUUCCUGCGCCGGAAGCAUCACCGGGUUUUCGGUCUAUGGACCGCUCCUCCUUUCUCGUCUUCACUAUACACAGUUCCGCGUUAAUGCCGUCGCUGUGGCCGCAGAGCUGGCGAUGUACCUCCCAGUCCCAAUCUUUGGCUACCUCUGUGAUAGAUACUCGCCUGGACCGGUUGCAAUAUUAUCAGCGUUCUUUUUCGGCCCAGGAUACCUGCUGGCAGCGUUGACGUACAAAUCUGGACCCCCACCAGACGCUGGCGGGUCAGGAUGGCCAUACUUCAUUAUGAUCCUUGGAUUCCUGGGUGUCGGUGCGGGGACUGCCUCGAUGUACUUGGCUGCCGUGACCACCUGUGCGAAGAACUUCGCGCGGAGCAAGCAUAAGGGAUUUAUGCUAGCGAUGCCCAUUGCGGCGUUUGGGCUAAGCGGAAUGUGGCAGAGCCAAAUCGGAAGGCACCUUCUCUAUGAACACGGCCCGAACGGUGAAAAGGGAGACGUGGAUGUGUUCAAAUACUUUUUAUUUUUAGCCAUUAUGCUCUUCAGCGUUGGGGUCAUAGGAUUGUUCGCUCUGCGACUUGUUGAUGAGGACAAGCUGAUCGAUGAAGCUGUGGAGGAGCUUGAGCGAAGUGGAUACCUUGAUGAGAGCCCCUUUUUCCAUUCGAGAGAGGAAGUCGAAGCUUCAUAUGGGACAUUUGGGCCAGACCACAGUGGAAGUUCAAGAGCCAGAGACGAUGGUGAUUCAGUCACCUCGUCACGGGAAGAAGAAAAGAAAAAAACUUGGCUUCUUAAUCAGGAAACGAAGAUCUUUUUGAGGGACAAGACAAUGUGGUGUCUUGCUGCAGGCUUCUUCCUCGCGUCCGGUCCAGGAGAAGCAUAUAUCAAUAACGUCGGAACAGUUAUCAACACGCUAAGUCCUCCCUCAUACCCCCCAAACCUACCUCCACCGGCCGGCUACCCAUCCACUCACGUAACCAUCAUCGCCCUUACCUCCACAGCUGCCCGCCUCUUGACUGGCUCACUUUCCGACAUGUUCGCGCCCAUUCCGCACUCACACCUACAAGUCCCGCAUGAGCCUUCAGAUUUAGCCACACCUGAAGUCCGUCUCACUCUAUCACGCCUUAUCUUCCUCAUUCCUUCUGCCAUCUUACUCUCCUUCGGCUAUCUCUACCUAUCUACCCCACUCGCACUUAACUACCCAUCCACUUUCCCCGUUACCACAUCCCUUGUUGGCUUAGGCUACGGCGCUGCCUUCUCUCUUGUACCCAUUAUCAUCUCCGUUGUAUGGGGCGUGGAGAAUUUCGGCACGAAUUGGGGAAUUGUGGCUAUGGUUCCGGCUCUGGGAGCCACGGUUUGGGGCGUGGUAUAUUCCGCUGGGUAUGAGGCUGCGAUUAGUCCUGGUGAGAGUGAGUGUCGUGGAUGGAGUUGCUAUGGAUACUGGGCGUUGGGUUGUACAGCGAGCGCCUGGGUAGCGGCGAUAUUCUGGGGGAUUGCGUGGAGAGGGUGGAGGAAGCGAGGCGUGAUAGUAUGACAGUGCAUUCAUCCAUAUCCGCUAUCAUCAUUCGCUUGCGGACUCUACACAUUUCUAAGCAUUUUCCCUAACUAGCAUGGCGUUGUUUGGUUUAUCAUAGGCGGAGAUAUGUGCUGGUAUUUUUGGAUUUGAUAUCUCGCGUAGCUAGUUAAAUUAUGCAUAGAUCACUAUGAAUAGACUGAUAGAAUUUCGGGAG